CGCUCCGAUCGUCAGUUAGUCGAACUCGAGUAGACAACAAGCCAAGUGAGAAUGUUCAAGUCCAUCGCUGUGAUCGCGGUGCUGGUGGCCCUGGCCAGCGCCGAGCUGCAUCGCGUGCCAAUCCUCAAGGAGCAGAACUUCGUGAAGACCCGCGAGAAUGUGCUGGCCGAGAAGUCGUAUCUGCGCACCAAGUACCAACUGCCCCAGGCCCGCAGCGUUGACGAGGAGCAGCUGUCCAACUCGAUGAACAUGGCCUACUACGGAGCCAUCUCCAUCGGUACUCCAGCUCAGAGCUUCAAGGUGCUGUUCGAUUCCGGCUCCUCCAACCUGUGGGUGCCCUCCAACACCUGCCAGAGCGAUGCCUGCCUGACCCACAACCAGUACGACUCCAGCGAGAGCUCCACCUAUGUGGCCAACGGCGAGUCCUUCUCCAUCCAGUAUGGAACUGGCAGCCUCACCGGUUACCUGUCCACCGAUACCGUCGAUGUCAACGGCCUGAGCGUCACCAGCCAGACCUUUGCCGAGUCCACCAACGAGCCUGGCACCAACUUCAAUAAUGCCAACUUUGAUGGCAUCCUCGGCAUGGCCUACAAGUCCCUGGCCGUGGAUGACGUUACUCCUGUCUUCUACAACAUGGUUUCCCAGGGUCUGGUCGACCAGUCCGUGUUCUCCUUCUACCUGGCCCGCGCCGGCACCUCCACCGAUGGUGGUGAGCUCAUCUUCGGCGGCUCCGACUCCUCCCUGUACUCCGGCGCCCUGACCUAUGUGCCCAUCUCCGAGGAGGGCUACUGGCAGUUCACCAUGGCUAGCUCCUCCAUUGAUGGCUACAACCUGUGCGAUGACUGCCAGGCUAUUGCC